CAUUACUAUACCACAAACUGUUCUAUCGAUCGCCUUCUCCCCUUAGCACCACAAAUUUUCAGCCAUGGCAGCUUCAUCAACAUUUAGCUUUGGAGUCACAGCUUUCCUCCUUGUAUCGAUAUUGAUUUCCCCCUUUCAACUAGGGAAGGCGGAUGUUGAAGCGCCUUACCUAGACGUAGGAAUCAAUGGAGUUCCAGGAAGCACAACUUCCUCUUCUUCUUCUUCGAGCAUCAGCAACAGCAGUAGUAAUGACAACGAUCCAGCCCAAAUCAUCGCUAAAGCUAUGCUCUGUUUCAACAACAGAGGAAUUUACAGAAGCUGCGAUGAAGACUUCAGAUUGAACGAGAGCGGGAGCCUGGGAGUUCCUCCGGAACAAGUGGACGCCUACUGCGGCGGUUCUUGCUUGACGGAGACCAACAUGGUGCUGAACUGCCUUGAAGGGAUCAUGAAGAAUUUCAGAUUUUACAACGCUGCCACGAUCAAGGAUGUUAAGGACACUGUCUCUGCAGUAUGCAGUGACGGCCCUAACCGAGGCAAUUUCGAUGUGUCUGAGUCUGAGCAUCUUGAGGCUUCUGAAUCUACUGCUCUCAAGGCUGCAAGUUAUGCUAUUGUUUACUUGGUCGCCUGCCUAGGUUUUCUCCGUUGGUGAUUUGGGAGGGCAGAGUUUCGAAGUUUGGUGUGAUUUUCAGGCUUUUGGUGGAGAUUAUAGUAUAAGUCAUAAGAGGGUCAUCUUUUUGGUUUUGGUAUUGAGUGUGGUAAGUUAUUACAUUAUGAUUUUUGUAUUGAUUGGAUCAAAUGAUUGUGUAUUGGUUUGGCAUUACCAAGUAUCAAUGCAAUGUUGCUUAGAGUUGGUUCUAAAUUUUGUCACAGAAUUUACAUGUGUAUUAGUUUUCAUAAAAACGUAGAUCGUUUUAGUUGGGGAUUAUUCUUUUUUUCAUUUUUAAUAUGUGGUGUCUUCUUAACAACACGGAAGGUAAUAUGAAAAUGUCAUCUAGAUAUCAUUUAACGGCGUGUGGAUAAUGUGUUCCACUUGUAUGAUUUUGUUACAGAGACUUGAGUUAUAAUUUUUAAUUGUGACACAUAAUGUUCAUUUCGUAACAAAUAAUAUUAUCUUUAUGAUCUCAAUUUACACAUAAAGUCAUUAUAUAGGAGAAGAAACUCUCCUCCAAAUCUUCUUCUUUUUUAUCGAAAAUGGAUGUACAACACCAUUGCCUUAUAUUAAAAUACGACGUGGCGUAGCCCUCCAAAAUAGUCAUACAUGGCCCAAUAUCUUAUGUCAGACCAAAGCGGUGAAUGCAUUCACCGCGGCAGAUCAAAGUGGUGAAUGCAUCACCGCGGUUGACGGCCGCGGUGAAUUUCUGACUUAACACUGAAACUUCAAACAAACAUAAUUUUGCGCUCGGUUAUCCGAUUGUAGCGAAAAAAAAUUUAAUUCCAUAUAACUUUCCAAGAUCUUUCAAUCUGCAAUAAGACUUCAUCUCAAUGAAAUCUCGUUUGUUACCCUGAACGAGCAAUUUUUUUAUUUUGCCAAACUUUCGAAGGACAUAACUUUUAGCUCCUCAAAUCGAACGUGGUAAAAGAAAUAUAUUGCGCAUAAAUUUUUAAGAACUACAACUUUUGCUAGGAAAUAAUUUUUUAAAAAAGAAGUAUUUUUGGGUAUACGGGAUUUGGGGAAUAACCUUUGCCUUUACUUUUCACAAAUCCACAUACUUUCCAAAAUUAUGGUUAUAAUAAAAGUUGUAGUACUUCAAAAGUUAUGCAAAAUCAAUAAAAAGUUUCAUGACAUUCGGAUUGUGGAGCACAAAGUUAUGAUCUUCCAAAGUUUGUCAAAAUCGAAAAAUUGCUCGUUCGGGGUAGCAAAUGAAUUUUUUUUUUGGGGAUGAGGUCUUGUUACAGAUUGAAAGAUCUUGAAACGUUAUGUGGAAUAAAAAAAAUUCGCUACAAUCGGAUAACCGAGCGCAAAGUUACGUUUGUUUGAAGUUUCAGUGUUAUGUCAGGCAUUCACCGCGGCCGUCAACCGCGGUGAUGCAUUCACCGCUUUGGUCUGCCGCGGUGAAUGCAUUCACUGCGGUUGACAACAGUGGUGAUGCCCAAACAUGUGUAUUUUGGGAAAAAAAUUUAUAACGUGUGUAGUUUGUGAUUUUUUCCCUUGUUACUUAGGCAAUAUGCAAAGCAGUUAUUAUCUUUGGAAUGUGGAUGAGGCGAACCACCCAAUAACGUUCUAAGAGGGCGGCAAACUGGGGAACAAGGGAAGUGUGUUGUGUAUGUACAUGGGUGCUGCCGGCCCAAACACGCUUUAAGCCCAUUUAUUUCGUGUCGUGCUUGGCACGACCCGUCAGUUUUCAUGCCGUGUCGUGAAAGCCUAUUUGUUAAUUUAGCUAGGCCCGGCACAGGCCCGAGCACGGUUCGAAUCGUGCCGUGCCUAUUCGUGUUCGUGUCAUGCUCGAAUUUGUGUCUAAUGAAAAGGAAGAAAAUAAAAGAGAGAAUGAAAACGAAGGUGAAAA